AUGGUUCAUCUAUCCUUCGGACCGUUCGUUUGUCUUGCUUUCUCAGCUCUUUCACUCGCUGCGAAUGUUCCACCGACAACAUCUGGAACUCAGGCACUAGAUUAUCCUCCGGGGGACAAAAUUGCACCCAAAGUCUUCAUAUUCAGUAUGUUUAAGGAGGAGGAAGAUGUAUGGUAUAAUAUCCCGGAGUUCGAUGUCCUGGCUCGCAACAUUACAGUACCCGGACUCUCGCCUCUAUUUCCCGAGGCCCAUUGCACUGAAGAUGGUUCCAUUUGUCACAUGACUAUCGGCGAGGGAGAGAUCAACGCCGCUGCUUCAGUCACCUCCCUCAUCUAUUCAACAAUCUUCGAUCUGAGGCGCACAUACGUCCUCAUUGCUGGGAUCGCUGGUGGUAACCCAAAGUUGGUCACGACAGGAUCAGUAACAUUCGCACGUUAUGCUGUUCAGGUGGCAUUACAAUACGAGGUUGACGCGAGGGAGAUUCCUUCCUCUUUCACGACCGGAUACUUUGGGCAGGGUACUACCGCUCCAGGUCAAUAUCCCUCCGAACUUUACGGUACCGAAGUCUUCGAAGUAAACGACGCGCUUCGUCGGAUCGCGCUUGAUUUUGCUCAAAAAGCCAAUUUGAGCGAUUCUCAAGAAGCACAAGCUUACAGGUCGAAUUAUAAUACGUCGUCAGUGUUUUCUGCUGCCACCCAACCCCCAGGCUUUGCUCUAUGCGAUACAGCCACCGCAGACACCUACUGGGCUGGCAACCUGCUUGCCGAAGCGUUUGAAAACACGACGACAUUAUGGACGAAUGAGACUGGAGUGUACUGCUCAACCCAGCAGGAAGAUAACGCCACUCUCGAAAGCCUCUUGCGCGGGAACAUUUCUGGCUCGCUCGAUUUUUCCCGUGUGAUGAUCAUGCGAACCAUCUCUGAUUUCGACCGGCAGUUUCCUGGUCAAGAAGCUGUGGACAAUUUGUCCGUUGACCAGGCUGGUUUCGAUAUUUCUGUGACGAACAUCUAUCUGGCUGGUGUUCAGAUCGUGCUGGGGAUUGUUAAUGGCUGGGAGCGCCAGUUCAAGGAUGGUGUCAACCCGGAUAACUACGUUGGCGAUAUACUGGGUUCUUUGGGAGGUCAGCCUGAUUUCGGUCCGGGGAAUGUCUUUGAGGGUGGAAAAGCGCCUUCUGGGAGUUCGCUUAGGCGACGAAGGAUUCGAAUUUGA